CACGCACACAGAGAGAGCCCAGCCACUUAUCUAUAUAAAUAGCUUCAACGUGUUUAGCAGAGCCUUCGUCAUCGGAGGAGCCUCUCAUACCUAUAUUUUCUCCUCAUUCUCAUCUUCUCGAUCGUGUUCUCGGUAUCUCCAAGCAAACCGAACAAAAUGGCCAACGCAGCCUCAGGUAUAGCUGUGCAUGAUGACUGCAAGUUGAGGUUUCUUGAACUUAAGGCAAAAAGGACCUAUCGCUUCAUAGUUUUCAAGAUUGAGGAGAAGCAGAAGCAAGUUAUUGUGGAGAAGGUUGGUGAGCCAAACCAAGGUUAUGAGGAUUUCACUGCAAGCCUUCCAGCUGAUGAGUGCCGUUAUGCUGUAUAUGAUUUUGACUUUGUCACGGAAGAGAAUUGCCAAAAGAGCAGGAUCUUCUUCGUUGCUUGGUCUCCCGAUACAUCAAGGGUUAGAAGCAAGAUGAUUUAUGCAAGCUCCAAAGAUAGAUUUAAGAGAGAGCUUGAUGGAAUUCAGGUUGAGUUGCAAGCAACUGAUCCAACUGAGAUUGGUCUUGAUGUCAUUAAGAGCCGCGCCAGCUGAAUACAAAUUGUAGGCCUUUCAACAGAGAGUUCCUCCUUUUGGUCCUUCUUUACUUGAGUGAAGUGUCUAUAGUUUGUGGGAUGGUGGACUUGGCUAAUUACGGUAUAAAUUUCCAAGUUUUGCCCUGGAGUUUUUUUAUCAAUCCUGGACAAGCAUCUCUGCUUUCCAGUAUAUCAAUGUGAUCUGUUAUCUCUGGAACCUAUGUACUGUUGAGUGGCUUCUUAUGGUCCUAUUUCUUUUAGCUAAGAUGUAACUUGUUUGCCGGGGAGGAGGGGGUGUUUAGACGGCACCUUUAGUUCAUUUCAAGUUUUAAAUUGAUCCUUGUCAAUUAAUUAACUUUGGAGUGCUAAAGGGGAAUGGUUUAAGAUUUACAAAGUUGCUGAUUUAUUUGGCCUGUUUUGUAUUACAUAGACAAUUACAUCACAAGAGAACUGAUGCUUGUUCUUGAAAA